AUGGCCAGCAAAGCCCCAGAAAGGCGGGACCCUCACAUCAAGGCUCAGGGAGCACAGAGGGUGGAUGAGCACAUGUUGCAUUUCCUGACAUCCAGGUCUCAGAGAAACUGGGGACCUGGGAAAGGGGGCGUGGCCUCAGGUUUAAGAGCCACUCAACCAGCUUUCAUGCAUCACCGCAGGCAGGUCAUCAAACCCCAGGGAGAUGAUACUGAGGAUUCUGAUGAAGAAUGGACACCACAGCAUCAAGGUAAACCUUCUAGGAAGGCCUUCAGAAUGGAGCACAGAAAACACCAAAAGGGAAAGUCCAGGGGACCAUUAAGUAAGGUGUCCAGUUUGAAGAAAUUGCAAGGAGAGGCAAAAUUGCUGAAGAAAAGUGGCUCCAAGUGGGCUCAGAAAUCAGUGAACCCUCCCCAAGAAACAAGGACCCCUGGACAGCACUCCAGACAAGAAGUCGAACUCAGAAGAAUGGAGACUGACAUGAAGAGGUACAGUCUGCGAAAAAGAAAGGGCCAUGUGUACCAAGAGGUCAGCGAGCCCCAGGAUGAUGACUACCUCUAUUGUCAGGAGUGUCAGAACUUCUUCAUUGACAGCUGUGAUGCCCACGGGCCCCCAACCUUUGUAAAGGACUCUGUAGUGGAAAAGGGGCAUGCCAACCGCUCAGCCCUCACUCUGCCCCCUGGAUUAAGUAUCAAACUGUCAGGCAUCCCUGAGGCUGGGCUUGGAGUGUGGAACGAGGCGUCUCAUCUGCCUCUGGGCCUGCACUUUGGCCCCUACGAGGGCCAAAUCACAGAUGAUAAAGAGGCCAUCAACAGUGGAUACUCCUGGCUGAUCACCAAAGGGAGAAACAGCUACGAGUAUGUGGAUGGAAAGGACACGUCUUUGGCCAACUGGAUGAGGUAUGUGAACUGUGCCCGACACUAUGAGGAGCAGAACCUGGUGGCCUUCCAGUAUCAUGGGCAGAUCUUCUACAGAACCUGCCAGGUGGUCAGGCCUGGCUGUGAGCUGCUGGUUUGGUACGGGGACGAGUAUGGCGAGAAACUUGGCAUCAAGUGUGAAAGCAGGGGGAAGAGCAUGUGUGCAGCCGGGAGAGUAGAGGGUCACCCCUCUUCCAGCACCCCACCCCAUUCUGAGGAGCUUCCCAGAUCCGAUUCUGAACCAUAG